CUCUCUAGCAGUCGUCUGGUGAAAGAGAAAGUAGUCCACGGCAUAGUACACGCUUGCAUUGAGAGACCUCCAGCCAGACCAACCUACCACCAUAAGAUUGGAUCCCUUAGCUCUUCCUUCACCGUGUGGAUACAUUUAUACCGCUCACUGCCUGCUACAACCACUUACUUUCGCCCUUCCAAUACUUGUAUACUGCUGACUGGAGAAAGACAGCAGCAGCAGCAGCAGCAGCAGAUGAUAGGAACAGUGGAACUUGGAGAAGAAGAGAGAAAGCAGAAUCAUCACCAGAACUGGCUAGCUAGCUCCACAACGUACAUAUUAUUAGACGUCUAUCUUCUGCCAGCCGAGGUUGGUCUGGUGGCUGUGAAAGUGUGGGAGAAAGUGGAGGAGCGGAGAGAGGAGUUGAUACAAAGAAAAGGAGUGGAAUUUUAGUUUUCCUCUCGAUACCGUCAUCAUCAUCAUCAUCAUAUACAUCCACCAACUUUUACUCACACACUCACUCACUCCAUCCUCCCGUGCACACUCACCAAACCCAUUCUCGAUACACUUUCCCCAUGUAAUCUCAUCAAUCAUCACGAUUUGCCAAGGAGUCUGAAUACGAGGAGACGGACGGCGAGAGAUGAUAGAGAGCGAAAGCAGGCAAAAAGUGUUUAUUUCCCCACUACUUACUUUCACUGCUGCUUUCUCCUCCGGAUUCAAAUUAUAACCAGCAGCAAAUUUUAGACGGGUGAAGUUGGACCACCUCGCCGUUCCUUCUCCUUUCUCUCUGUAUAAUAAUACUAAUAGAACAGAAUAGUAGUGGUAACUCAAUACUUACUCAUCCCAUCAACUUUUCUGCAUUUAUUUACAUCCAAACAAGCAAGGUGGAUAGUUUUAUUAUUAUGAUGGCAAGACAUGGGGUGCAAGAAAUAUUAUCAUUGUCUACUCGUGGUGGUGCAAUUUUGACACUAACCCACUAAUUUAUUUACAAAGCAAAGAAAGAAAAAGAAGAAUAUCGUCAACAUUUUUGAGUGGGAUGAUUCCAAAAUGAAAUAGUGAGAAAAAAUUUGCUCAAGUAAAAUAUAAGUUUAAGAGAUAACAUCUUAUCACACAUUUUUAACAACCAUUCUUCGAAAUUAGAAGAAUAGGCAGUCGAUUUCUCGGCCUAAUCCAUCUUAUGUCACGAUAACAACACAACUACAACUGGACGAGUGAAACUACAUCACACACAACUGCUACAUAUGCAAAUAUUAUUCAGGCAGAGUGGGUGAAAGCCAGCAGUGUUAAUUGUUCGUGCCUUUUUGGUUGGUUGGGUGCAAAUGCCAACGCAAAUGCGGAAGGAAACUAAUAACACGAGGAGCCUAAAAAAGUGGUGGGGCGUGCAUGUGACUCAAAACAACAUCGAGUGCAUACGAGGCAUAUUUAGUUGGAAGCGAGUUUGUCUGAUGGUGACGAAAGCAGAGAGCACGUGAAAAAUUAAACCCCCAUUAACUAACUUACUCGAGUAAUAAAUAGUUGGUCCCGUGAGUCGUGAGUGAGUGAUUAAAAUGUUUAUAUGUACUGAUCUACUUAUGAAGAACAAAGGCAGGAACAUUUCUAGUGUUCCUCGGAUUUUUUAACACGGAUCCCUACGUUUUUUGUUUGUUGUUCCCGAAUGCCUGUCCCCGUCCACGAUUGAAUAUUUGGUUGUGCUCCAAACAAGAAGUACUCCUGCCCUUAGGAGUCUUCGCCACGUUCGUCAGUUUAUAUGUCCACAGUAUGUUGUAUUGGUCAUUUUUGUGAAGUUCACGGUCCCCGCUUAGUUUUUUACACAAUUCGAAACGUCCAAGAACCCCAAUUCGUGAGUGAGUGUCCGGACCUCAAAUUUUGCAGUGGGUGCAAAGCUCCAUUGCUCGAAGGCUACAUUUCGACAGUUCAAACUGUCCACGAAAAUAAUACUGUUCAGGCCCCAUUGUCCCCAUUGGCUGGCAGAAGUGGCCACAAAGGAGGAAGAAGUAGUGCCGGAUCUUCUUCAGCACCUUUGAUUGGCAAUGGAUGCACUUCGAGUCCAAUUCUGAAUGGAAGGUCCCACGGUGGAGCACAUGGGUCUAGAAGUUUGAAAGUCUCGACCUCAUCUCAAACCUUGUCGAGGGGAAUAAACGAGCCUAUUCCACGACAAGUAAGCAACGGCGUCUCUUCAGAUUCUUCCGAUCAGCCAGGUCCUUCAUCUGCGGUCACCGCGGCUGCUGCUGCUUCGACAACAGCGACACAACCUGCAACUGCUACCCGUUACUAUUGCAGCCAUAGUAAUUACGACCACUCCCAUUUGGCUCAUUUAAACACAUGCAUAGCUAGGACCCUAUCGUGUGAAGUUACUCCAAGCAAUUCUGUUGCAUUCACAUCUACAGAUAUUUGGGUGAUUGGAACGUCAUUCUCGCUAAAGGAUUCUCUAGCUAGAGGAUUUUCUAGAAAAUAUUGCCUUGUCUUCACUUUUCUACCACAAGUACCCACAUGCUGCCAACCAGACCUUGAUGACGACUCUCCGCCUGUCAGAAAAGAGAAACAAUCAUCGCAUCAUCAUCACAAGAACGGAACUGAACGGGAAGGGAGUGGUGGUCAUCAUCAACAUUUACGAACUUGUCCAAAGUACAAAGGAGACAGGAAAGCCCCCAGACCUGGACAUGCUCAAAGUUUAAGGGACGAAUACUAUUCAGACGGAGAUCAUAAAGGAGCCGGUUACUUUACAAACAGUUACGGACCCUCAGGAUAUCCUUCCCUGGUUCCACAUUACGACUAUAUCACCGAAGAAUUUUUCAACGUAGCUAAGCACUUGCAGACCGAGUGUGACAAGGUAUUCUUCAAAGAAGAAGCCAUCAUUCCUCAAAGGCCAUUCCGACUGACCGCCCUACUAGACAGUGUUGCAGAAGGUGGAUCAUCGUCUUUAGGAGGUCACGGUCACGGGCGUGGCGUUGGUGGAGGGCACCUAGGGGUUACUCGAAGUCAAUCCAGUGGGGCUCGAAGUUUGCCCUUACUCACCGAGAAUCCCCACGUUUUCCUAGAUCUACACGAGAAGUUUGCAAAAAUACUUCACCAUGUGGAUUUAUAAAGCCUUUAUAACUGCAACACAAAGUUGCCCAUCAUUC